CCGGCAAAGUGUGGAACUAAAGAAGACUGGGACGAAGAGGAAGUACUUUUUAAAAUGGAAAUACAGUAAAUCAUACUUGAACUUUUCGCAGCGGAACAACAGGACGCGUUCACUUGCAGGUUAUGGAGGCCAUACAGUAGCUCGGGGGUCCCACGUCCUCAGUCUGCUGUUAAACCUUAUUCCACUCCGUCUACUGAUUUCCGGCUUCCAUGCCCGCCCAACCGCCUGUGAAGGAGCCGGAGGAGGAGAUGGAGGCAGAGGGUGAGUCGCAGCUCCCCGAGGCCAACGGAGAGGUGGAAGAACCCAGAGAGAAUGAAGGAACAAGAGGGGGAGGAGCCGAGGAGACCAUGGAGGAAAGUACGGAGGAGAGGGAGACCGACUUGGAAGAUAGUGACGAGGAGGAAGAGGAGGAAGAGGAAGAAGAGAGCUCAGAGAUGGAUGAUGAAGACUGCGAGAGGAGAAGAGGAGAAUGUCUGGAUGAGAUGAUGGAUCUGGAGAAACAAUUCCAGGAGCUGAAAGAGAAGUUGUUUCGGGAACGGCUAAACCAGGUGAAAGUCAAGCUGGACGAGGUGCUGACGGGAAAGGCCGGCGAAUACAGAGAACCGCUGGCUGCACUACAGAACAGCAUGCAGAUACGGACACAAGUGGCUGGAGUGUACAGGGAGCUGUGUCUGCAGGUCAUCAAACACAAGCAUGAAUGUGAAGUGCAAGGAGCGAGGCAGCACCUGGAGAGUGAGCGAACGCUGCUGUUUGACGCCAUGAAGGGCGAGCUACUGGAAAAGAUAAGGAGGCUGGAGGAGGACAGGCAGAAUAUAGACCUCACCUCAGAGUGGAGCGAUGAGCUGAGGGGCAAGAAGUGCAAAAGAAAGAACCUGCUGGGUCGAUCUGAGAAGAAAAAGAAAGUAGCUUUGGUUUCAGGGCCUUUCAUCGUCUACAUGCUGAGAGACAUCGACAUCCUUGAAGACUGGACUGCUAUCAAGAAGGCGAAAGCAGCUCUGUCGCCACUAAAAAAGAAAGUUGAAAAGCGGUGAUGAAAGGCGGAUCUGUGCAACAGCGACACCAAACUUGACACACACUCACGUUCCCAGCUAUUUCCAGUUCAGGUUUUGUCUCGUUGAAGCCCAGCAGACUGUUGAGUUGUUUUUCUGCGCUUUUGAUCCCACCUGCCUACCACCCUACUGCUUGUUUGUUAUCUAUUGCUAUUUAAAAGACGUUCUUAACGAUAUGACAACCAUGUAUUUAUAGAAUGAUUUAUAAUGCUGAUUGAAAAUCUAAUCUUUUAGCACACAA